AUGAAAAUUUGCAUGUGGAAUGUGAGGGGGGCGAAUAGAAACUUGUUUUUACCUCAUGCAAAGGAAGUUGUUUUUAAUCAAAACCCGGAUAUUUUCAUUUUUUUAGAAACUAAGGCUGAUGGUUCCAGGGCAAGGGAAACAAUGAUAAGUUUAAAAUUUUCGGAUUUUAGGGUGGUUAGACCAGUUGGAACAAGAGGGGGAAUUUGGUUGUUUUGGAAAAAAACUGUUGAUUUGGUUCUUUUUGAUGCUGAAAACACAUAUUUUCACUCUCUCUUUCAUUUUAAAAAUCUGGGAAAAGAGGGCCUUGUCACCGCCAUGCAUGCACCAAGUUCUUCUCGUGAAAAAUCCAAUCACUGGAAUUCUCUCCAAUCCAACUUACCUCCUAAGAAUACUCCUUGGCUUGUGGUGGGAGAUAUGAACGAAAUUACCAGCCAAUCUGAAAAACAGGGAGGAAGACCCUUUCGUGUCAAUCAAGGAAAGGAAAUGGUCAAUUUUAUGGACGAAGCUGGUUUAGUAGAUUUGGGGUUCAGUGGUUGUCCUUUUACUUGGACUAACGCCAGAGAUGCGCAUCAUCUCAUUCAGGAAAGGCUAGAUCGUGCGUUAGCCAACUCUCCUUGGAUGGAAGCUUAUCCUCAUACUAAGAAUCUGUUUACCACGACUCGUUUGUAUGGCAAUCUAAAUUGUGAUACUCAUAGUAAUUUGGCCGUUAAUGUGGAGGAAUUUGACAUGUUGAAUUCUCCUGUUUCUAUAGAUGAAGUUCGUAACAAUCUUUUUGCAAUGGAUCCUAUAAAGGCUCCAGGCCCUGAUGGGAUCCAACCAAUCUUUUUUCAAAAGCAUUGGGUUCAACUAGGAACUAUUAUUUUUGAUUUUUGCAAUGAUUGUUUUCUUAAUGGUACAAUUCCGGAAGAUAUUAAUCAGUCUUAUAUUACCCUUAUUCCUAAAAAUCCAUGCCCCGCUACCAUUGCGGAGUUUAGACCGAUAGGAUUAUGUAAUACUAUUUACAAGCUUGUCACUAAAAUUAUUUCUUCUAGACUAAAAAAUAUUUUAGGUCGUAUUAUAAGUCCGUUCCAAUCUAGUUUCAUUCAUGGUCGGGGUAUAGAGGAUAAUGUUAUCCUUGUUAAAGAAAUGGCUCAUCAUUUCCAUAAGGUUAAAAAAAGAAAUAAGAUUAUGGCUUUGAAAUUAGACAUCACCAAGGCUUAUGAUAGUAUUGAAUGGGAUUUUGUUAGAGAAACUCUUCUAUUCUUUAACUUCCCUCCAAAUCUGAUUAGCCUCAUUAUGUCUUGCAUUUCAACUCCUUCCAUCUCUAUUCUGUGGAAUGGAGAAAUCUGUAAUGCUUUCAAACCAUCUAGGGGAAUUCGUCAGGGUGAUCCUCUUUCCUCUUACAUUUUUGUGUUAUGUCUUGAUAGAUUAUCUACUAUCAUUGAGCAAAAGGUUAACUCCCAUAGUUGGAGCCCCAUUGCUAUUACUAGAAACAUAAAAAUUUCACAUGUUUUUUACGCCGAUGAUGUGUUCCUGUUUAGUACAGCUAACAAAGAAUCUUUAAGUAAUAUUAUGGAUGCUUUAACUUACUUUGGAGAAAAGUCUGGAUUAAAAAUUAGCAUGACUAAGUCAACUCUUAUUUUCCCUUCCAAUCUUCAUCAUUCUAUCAGAAAGGAUAUUGCUGGAGAUUUUGGUUUCAAAAUUUCUUCAUCUUUUGGGAAAUAUCUAGGUGUUGACAUUCGACCUAAUAAGUUGAAAAUUUCUAAUUAUUUAGGUCUCUUAGAUAAAUCAAUGGAUAGGGUGAGGGGUUGGCAAGCUAAGCUACUAAAUAUGGCAGGGAGAUGUACCCUAAUUAAAUCUGUGCUAAAUUCCUAUCCUCUUUAUGCUAUGCAAACUAAUAUUCUUCCUGCUUCCAUCACCCAUGCCUUGGAAAAAUGUUUUAGGAAAUUUUUAUGGAAUAAGGUAGAAAAAAGUAGGUAUAUGUCUAGGCUUUCUUGGGACAAGAUUACAAGACCAAUCAAUGAGGGUGGGCUGGGAAUUAGGAGAUUUAAGGAAUGGAACCUUGCUUUUAUGGCCAAAUUGGGUUGGGCGGUUUUAACCAACCCAGAUAAAUUGUGGGUGAAAGUUUUAAAAGAAAAAUAUCUCAAACAUGCAAACCUGUUCAAUUGUGUUCCAAAUAACAAUCAAUCUCCGUUAUGGAGAGACAUUCUAAAAGGUCGUUCUAUUCUUGAAAAAGGUAUCAUUAUUGGUAUUGGGAAUGGUGACUCUACCUCUCUUUGGUAUCAUCAUUGGAUUGGCACUCAACCAUUGUAUAAAACUGAAGGAGUUACAAUUCCUGAUUCUAAGGCUCACUGGUUGGUUAGCCAUAUUAUUCGAAAUAAAACUUGGCAUCUUAAUGAUAUUGAGCAUCUCAUCCCAUCCCACAUCAAAUCCUUAAUCCUUUCCUAUCCUCUUUCUAAUAACUGUAAGGAGUUAGAUUUUAUAAGAUGGAUUUAUUCUAAAAAUGGUUGCUUUAACAUCAAGUCAGCUUAUCAUUGCCAAUUCAGUACCAUUCAUUGCCCUACUUUAAAUAAUGUUUCUUGGCGCAAAAUUUGGAAAAUUCCAGGACCUUAUAAAUACAAAAUGCUUCUUUGGAACUGUGCCCAUCAGAUUUUACCUGUAGCAGAGAGCUUACAUCAGUUUUUACCUCAAAUCUCUCCUACUUGCUCCAGAUGCCGUUUAAAUUCUGAAAAUCAUUUGCAUCUGUUUAGGGAUUGCCCCCAAUCCAGUAUUUUAUGGACUUAUAUUUUUCAACGCGUUUGGUCUAACUCUAAGUUUGAUUUUUAUACUUUUUACAAUUCUAAUUGGAGUGCAUGGAUCACUUUUAACCUAAAUAAUUCAAUUAAAUGGAAAAGUUUGUUUAUAACAGCUAUAUGGAAGAUUUGGUUAUCCAGGAAUAGGGUGGUUUUUGACCUCAAAAUGAAAUCUGCAUUUUCGCUUUAUAAUGAUUUUUAUGUAGAUUGGACUUCUGCUAACAAUUGUUCACAUGGUAAGGAGUUAGGUGCAAAUCAGGUUCCAGGAUUGACUAAGAAAACUUGGUUUCCUCCAAAAGAUGGAGUGAUGAAGUUAAAUGUGGAUGAUGCUUGGAAGUCAAAUGCAGUGGCAGGAGGUGGAGGAGUCUUCAGAAGGUCAACAGGCUCGUGGUUUGUUGGAUUCUCCAGUAAAUUCACAGUUAGCUCUCCUCUUGCUGCAGAGCUUUAUGCCUUAAGAGAAGGACUAAUUAUUGCUAGAGAUUUCAAGUUUGAGAAGUUGGAGAUAGAAACGGAUGCUUUAAACCUCAAAGUGCUUUUGGGAAAGAUUAAGGAACAAGAUCAUCAUGAGCUGGGUCCUAUUUUGAGGGAGGUUGCCAACCUUCUCAAUCAGUCUUGGGUGGGAAAUCUCACUCACAUUCCGAAAUUUUGCAACAAAGUGGCUCAUUCUCUAGCUGCCCAUUCUCUCAUCAUGGCAGUAGGAAGCAAACUGCAUUACAUUAUCCCUUCCUGUGCAAAAAGUGAUUAUGAAGCUGAUUUUGAAAACGCAAAUCCAGAAUAUGUUGAAACAAUUAGAAGAAAGGCAAGGGAUGAAGCAAACUCAAUUGUGGGGGGGACAUCAGGGGGAGCGGCGCAGCUGGUGUUUGGUUCAAUUGUUACUGACAUCAAGGAAGCCAGAGACAAGUUGAAAAAUGUUGAUAACAGGAAUCAAGAUAAGGGUAAAGGGACAGCUUUCACUCCUUUUGUUGUUGGUGGUUCAACAAUGGAUACUGCUAUUGAAAUUGUUGAAGUAGAGGAAGGGGAGAUUACCAACAACUGA